CAACAUAAUGUCGUAUUACUGGUACAUUUACACAAGGUUGCCACCAUAUCUUUCUUGCGGUUGAUGAACAUUCAUGUGGUUGCCGUCAUGACCAAUUUAAAUAUUCGUGUGGUUUCAGAACUUUUAGUGCCUUCAUCGGUGAAUGAGGCUCUCGAAAGUUUACUUGAUCAGAUUAUUGAUGAAUACGUCAAUAAUUGGUACGAAUCUGGAAUUAGUCGAGAUCGCGACUUUCUCAAUGAAAUCAGCACAUCGGAGUUUGCAGGAAAAAUUAACAUGUCAUCGUGGCCAUCGCAGUCUGCUAGACACUUUUUGCGUGAACUGAUAGUGAACGCUUUUCUGCUUCCAUGUCUCGACUUGAUUGCCGAUCCCGACACGAUAAAUCACCUUCUGAUUAUGGCAUUUGAUUCUCAGAAAGUGUUUAAGAACAAUAAGGAGGUGCUUUUGGCAAAUUUCGUUGAGCUGAAUUCACAAACGCUACCAGAUUCCUUGCUACAGCUAAAACUAAGUGAGGUAUUGAGAGACGCACGACAAUAUUCUAUGUUUCGUCUGUAUUUGCAAGAUAUUCGGGGACCGGUUCAUGAACUAAGCUUUUUAGCUGAAGCUUCUCGCAUACAUAACAGUAUGCAAAGAAAGGAUGAGUCGUCUAGUCAGAUUGCGUAUGAUAUUUGGCAACUGUUUGGACAAUUCGUGCAUGACAGUGCACCAGAUCGGAUUGAAUUCGACAAUGAGAUCGUGAACGAAUUUAAAGCUGCUGUCGAAUGCAACAAUUUGCCUAUGUUGGAUAAAAUCAUUGAGAAGUCGUACCAAAUUGUCUACCAACGCAUGCAAACCGAUUACGCAUAUUGUGUGGUUAUUUUAAUGAUUUAUCUUUGUGGUAGUCCACCAGUGAGCGUCAAUGAGCUGAUUGAACAACGUUCUGCACCAAAGAAAUCGGUGACGUCCGAAGGAACAUUUUCACUAGCUCAGUUUAGGUACAGUUUCAAUUUUAUGUCGAUUUUUGCUUUGCCAUUGUCUAUAAUGAUUUCUUCCAAAGAUAGUUUUUUGUUAAGUUUUUUCAUAGUUUUGCUCAGAACGCGAAAUGUUAGUAAAGAUAUGUCGAUAAACACAUUCCAGGAUGAGGAUGAGGCAAGCUCCUCAUCAGUAGCGGAAACCUCGAGGUCUCAACCGGUUCUAAUAAUCUAUGAGGAAACGCGGAACAUUAAUCGGUGGAAGGUGAACAUCAGUAGAAUCAAAAAAGUCUUAUUUUUGUUAGGAAGAACAGUUUACGUAUAUGUCAUUGAUGUGGAAAGGACGGAAGGCAAGGAUAGCGAGACCAAGCGUUGGUGUAUUUACCGGCGUUUUAUCGAAUUUUACGUUCUUGAAAUGAAGUUGCUCGAGUUCCAUGGUGACUCACUCCGUUUUACCAUGCUACCACCAAAAAAGACACCUAUGAGUAGAAAUCGUGCAUUUUUGGAGCAGCAUCGCCUUCUUUUUCAACUGUUCCUGUCUUCUCUCUGCAAGCAGAAAGUGUUGCAAAGGUCCGAGCUUCUUUUUGCAUUCCUUUCGAGUAGCGAAGAAUUUCGUUGCAAUCUCCUUCUUAGCGACUUAAAUCCAUGGAAGGUAGUGAAGAGAAUGCCAGGAAAAUUGAGCCGUGAGAAAGGACAGCAUCUUCGUCCUUUCCUUCUAACACUUCUUGCGAAUACAUUAUAUGCUCCAGAAAAAAUGGACUUCAGGGAAAAAUUUGAAGUGUCUGAUUUAAGGUUUGUUUCAUCUAUGAUUCUUUUUGCUAGUUCAUUCAUCAAAAUAUUGGUUUUCGCAAAAAAAAGCCUAAUUUUUCAAAGUUGGCGGAAUGGUGUGAAAAGGCUUGUGAACACUUUACAGUAUCCGCGUCUCAACAAACAUCUUUCCUACCUUAUUCUGGAUUUGUUGAUCACUAAGCUUUUCCCAGAUGAAUUCCCUUAA